AUGUCAGAGAACUACGAUGUCGGAACGCGGGCGUGGCAGCCUGAUGCUACAGAGGGCUGGGUCGCGUCCGAGGUUGUCAACAAGACUCAAGAUGGCUCAAAGGUUAAGCUUGUUUUCAAGCUGGACAAUGGCGAGGAGAAGACGGUUGAGGUCACCGCCGAGGCCCUCCAGAAAGGCGAUUCAUCCCUGCCUCCCCUGAUGAAUCCGACCAUGCUCGAGGCCAGCGACGACUUGACGAAUUUGUCCCAUCUCAACGAGCCUGCAGUCUUGCAAGCCAUCCGCCUUCGAUAUGCCCAGAAGGAAAUUUACACAUACAGUGGAAUCGUCCUGAUCGCGGCGAACCCUUUCGCGAGAGUAGACUCGCUCUACGUCCCAGGCAUGGUUCAGGUCUAUGCUGGCAAGCAGAGAGCAACGCAAGCACCGCACUUGUUCGCCAUUGCAGAAGAAGCUUUCAUUGAUAUGGUGCGAAGCGGAAAGAACCAGACUGUUGUCGUCUCGGGAGAGUCCGGUGCUGGAAAAACGGUCAGCGCCAAGUACAUUAUGCGAUACUUCGCAACCAGAGAAUCCCCUGACAACCCGGGAACGCGGUCCAAAAAAGGCGCCGAAGCUAUGAGCGAAACAGAAGAACAGAUCUUGGCUACGAAUCCCAUCAUGGAGGCCUUCGGAAACGCAAAGACAACGCGCAACGAUAACUCGUCACGAUUUGGUAAAUACAUAGAGAUUAUGUUCGACGACAAAACCAACAUCAUUGGUGCUAAAAUUCGCACCUACCUCCUCGAGCGAUCCAGACUUGUCUUCCAACCCCUGAAGGAGCGCAAUUACCACAUUUUCUACCAGCUUGUUGCUGGUGCCUCAGACAAGGAGCGUCAGGAUCUGCAUCUGCUGCCCAUUGAGGAGUUUGAGUAUCUCAACCAGGGUAACUGCCCAACGAUCGAUGGCGUGGAUGAUAAGGCCGAGUUCGAGGCCACAAAGGCGUCUCUGCGGACAAUCGGUGUCACCGACGCACAACAAUCGGAGAUCUUCAAACUCCUGUCUGGUCUGCUGCACCUCGGCAACAUCAAGAUUGGAGCCUCACGCAAUGAUAGUGUCCUCGCGCCGACAGAGCCCUCACUUGAAUUGGCUUCAUCAAUUCUGGGUGUCAACGGAACUGAGUUUGCCAAGUGGAUCGUCAAAAAGCAGCUGGUGACCAGAGGCGAAAAGAUUACGUCAAACUUGACGCAGGCUCAAGCCAUUGUCGUCCGUGAUUCGGUAGCGAAGUUCAUCUACUCCAGCCUUUUCGACUGGCUCGUCGACAUCAUCAACCACAGUCUGGCAACUGAAGAAGUCUUGAAUCGCGUAAUCUCAUUCAUCGGAGUGCUUGAUAUUUACGGCUUUGAACACUUCGCCAAGAACUCUUUCGAGCAAUUCUGCAUUAACUACGCCAACGAGAAGCUACAGCAAGAAUUCAACCAACACGUUUUUAAGCUGGAGCAAGAGGAGUAUCUAAGGGAAAAGAUCGACUGGACUUUCAUCGAGUUUUCCGACAAUCAACCAGCCAUUGAUCUUAUCGAAGGCAAGCUCGGUAUCCUUUCCCUGCUGGAUGAAGAGUCCCGUCUUCCCAUGGGCUCCGACGAGCAGUUUGUCACGAAACUGCACCACAACUACGGCACCGACAAGCACAAGUUCUACAAAAAGCCUAGAUUCGGCAAGUCCGCUUUCACUGUGUGCCACUAUGCUGUGGAUGUCACCUACGAAUCUGAGGGUUUCAUCGAAAAGAAUCGGGACACCGUGCCUGAUGAGCAUAUGGCGGUCCUCCGUGCCUCGACGAAUAAGUUCCUUCGCGAUGUUUUGGAUGCAGCUUCUGCCGUCCGUGAAAAGGACGUCGCCUCCGCUUCAUCGAGCUCAGUGAAGCCCGCCGCUGGUAGGAAGAUCGGCGUGGCUGUCAACAGAAAGCCGACGUUGGGAGGUAUCUUCCGUUCUUCGCUCAUCGAGCUCAUGAACACCAUCAACAACACAGACGUUCACUACAUUCGUUGCAUCAAGCCUAACGAGGCGAAGGAGGCGUGGAAGUUUGAGGGCCCCAUGGUCCUCAGUCAGUUGCGGGCCUGUGGUGUUCUCGAGACUGUUCGCAUAAGUUGCGCUGGUUACCCCACUCGAUGGACAUACGAGGAAUUUGCCCUGCGCUACUACAUGCUUAUCAACUCGGACCUGUGGGCGUCAGAGAUUCGAGAAAUGGCCAACGCUAUCCUUACCAAGGCACUUGGCACCAGCUCUGGCAAAGGUUCCGACAAGUACCAGCUGGGCCUCACCAAGAUCUUUUUCCGCGCCGGCAUGCUCGCCUUCCUCGAGAACCUACGUACAAACCGUCUCAACGAUUGCGCCAUUCUCAUUCAGAAGAACCUCCGUGCUAAGUUCUACCGCCGUCGCUACCUCGAGGCCCGCAAAGCCAUCGUGACUUUUCAGUCCGCAGUGCGAGCCUACAACGCCCGGAACCAAGUCCAGGAGCUCCGCACCGUCAAAGCCGCAACAACAAUACAGCGGGUUUGGCGUGGUCAACGGCAAAGAAAGGAGUACAUACGCAUCAGGAACGAUGUCGUCCUGGCGCAAGCGGCGGCCAAAGGUUACCUUCGACGAAAAGAAAUCAUGGAGACCCGCGUAGGUAAUGCGGCUAUGCUCAUUCAGCGUGUGUGGCGGUCUCGACGACAGGUCUUGGCUUGGAGGCAAUACAGGAAGAAGGUCACUCUUAUCCAAAGCCUGUGGCGUGGUAAACUCGCCCGUCGAGAUUACAAGAAGACUCGGGAGGAAGCCCGUGAUCUGAAGCAGAUCUCGUACAAGCUCGAAAACAAGGUCGUCGAGCUGACUCAAUCUCUCGGCACCAUGAAGGCACAGAACAAGAACUUGUCGUCACAGGUGGAGAAUUAUGAGGGUCAAAUCAAGGCGUGGAAGAACCGCCACAAUGCCUUGGAGGCUCGGACGAAAGAGCUCCAGACCGAGGCUAACCAGGGUAGCAUUGCAGUUGCAAGGCUGCAGGCAAUGGAGGACGAGAUGAAGAAGCUCCAGCAGAGCUUCGAGGAAUCAACGUCCAAUAUUAAGAGAAUGCAGGAGGAAGAGCGGGAGCUAAGAGAAUCUCUGCGCUCUACGAGCACAGAGCUAGACACUGUUCGUCAACAGAGUGCACAGAUCGAGAGCGAGAAGCUUUCACUGCGCCAGCAGCUCGCCGAACUGCAAGAUCAGCUGGAACUGGCAAGAAGGCUAGCCCCGACCAACGGCGAGCUUGCCAACGGGGCUGUUCAGGCGCCGCCGUCGGCAGCGCCUGGCCUCAUCAAUCUUGUGUCCUCCAAGAAACCAAAGAGGAGGAGUGCUGGUGCCGAACCCAGCACAGCUGUGGACCGCUUCAGCGCUGCUUACAAUCCCCGUCCCGUUUCGAUGGCCAUCACCAGCACUGCCCACAGACAGAACCUGCAGGGCACAGGCUUCAUGCCUGGCGUCGAUAACAUCGAGCUCGAGCUCGAGACGCUCUUGGCUGACGAAGAUGGACUGAACGAGGAGGUCACCAUGGGUCUCAUCCGUAACCUCAAGAUUCCUUCGCCCAACACUAAUCCACCACCGUCUGACAAGGAGGUUCUUUUCCCCUCUUAUCUCAUCAACUUGGUUACCUCCGAGAUGUGGAACAAUGGCUUUGUCAAGGAGUCAGAGCGGUUCCUCGCCAAUGUCAUGCAGUCGAUUCAGCAGGAAGUCAUGCAGCAUGACGGCGAUGAGGCCAUCAACCCGGGGGCCUUCUGGCUCUCCAACGUGCAUGAAAUGUUGUCGUUCGUUUUCCUUGCAGAAGACUGGUACGAAGCGCAGAAGACGGAUAACUAUGAGUACGAUCGUCUUCUGGAAAUUGUCAAGCACGACUUGGAGAGUUUGGAGUUCAAUAUCUACCACACCUGGAUGAAGGUCUUGAAGAAGAAGCUGCAGAAGAUGAUCAUCCCCGCCAUCAUUGAGUCUCAGUCGCUUCCGGGCUUUGUCACCAACGAAAGCAGUCGUUUCCUUGGCAAACUUCUUCAGUCCAACUCGACUCCCGCCUACAGCAUGGACAACCUGCUUAGCUUACUCAACAGCGUGUUCCGCGCCAUGAAAGCCUACUACCUCGAAGACUCUAUCAUUACGCAGACCAUCACUGAACUACUUCGUCUCGUUGGCGUCACCGCCUUCAACGACCUCCUGAUGAGACGCAACUUCCUCUCCUGGAAGCGUGGUCUUCAGAUCAACUACAACAUCACGCGUAUCGAGGAGUGGUGUAAGAGUCACGAUAUGCCCGAGGGCACUCUGCAGUUAGAGCACUUAAUGCAAGCAACGAAGCUUCUUCAAUUGAAGAAGGCAACCCUGAAUGAUAUUGAGAUUAUUCAGGAUAUCUGCUGGAUGCUGUCGCCCAACCAGAUUCAAAAGCUCCUAAACCAGUACUUGGUCGCAGACUAUGAGCAGCCCAUCAACGGCGAGAUCAUGAAGGCUGUUGCCUCCAGAGUCACGGAAAAGAGUGACGUACUGCUGCUCCAAGCUGUCGACAUGGACGAUAGUGGACCGUACGAGAUCGCCGAACCCAGAGUCAUCACCGCUCUAGAGACUUAUACUCCUUCAUGGCUUCAAACCCCACGACUGAAACGUCUUGCUGAGAUUGUGUCUGCUCAAGCAAUUGCUCAGCAAGAGAAGCUCGAGUACGACCCCGAGGACGACUUCGAGCCUAACGGCGACCUCGCUGAGGUUGAUGAGGAAGACGUGGCCGCAUAA